GCACCCCUACAUAUAGUGUCCUCGUCCACCAGACUAGCAGUCGAGAUGACACAGAAACUCCCUCAGUGGGAAGACAGGGGAUGGAUACAAAUAGACGGGGCAACGUACCUUAGAGCCCUGGCAAAUCAGCUCCGACAGAGGUGCGCAGUGACCACAUUCCGAACUCCCAAGAACGGACAAGAACGAGACAUAAUGCUCAAAGCACACGACCACGCGGUAGCGUCAUACCCCCAUGUCCCCCCACAGCACGUCCAACCCCGCAUCACUAAAUCCUUCGACCUCUCCGGCGCCAGGAUGUCAUCCCUGACGCAAGCCCUGGCGUACCAGGGCAUUCGGGCAUCUGCCGAGUCACCAGAAUGUCGUUCAACGCAACGCCACCUCUCGGAAAUACGCAGUCUCCUGACCGCGUGUAGCGGACCAGUGCAUGAUGGGGAAAUAUGGAAAGAGGUUCGGCACGGCGACAUCCGCCGACCAGUGACCGAUUUUCUGUGGAAAGGCAUACAUGGAGCUCACCGUGUGGGAGCCUACUGGACCAACAUACCAGGCUACGAAGACAGAGCCGUCUGUAGACUCUGCGGAGUCACGGAGUCCAUGGCGCACAUCCUAACGGAGUGCGCCGCGCUUGAGCGGAGUUCAGUCUGGAGCUAUGUUGAACGAGCCUGGACCCGCACGGGCGGUGAAUGGCGCGAACCGUCACUCCCGUCUAUCUUAGCAGCAGGGCUUGCCACGCCUAGACGCGCAAACGGUAAACCUUCGAAGGAUCACUCAGUGAAACUGUGGCGAAUACUUCUAACAGAGGCCGCGUACCUGAUAUGGUGCCUGCGCUGCGAGAGGGUGAUACAACACGAAGACGAGGCGAACUGGAAGCACAGCAAACGCAGCAUCGCUGCACGUUGGUACGCGUCGGUGAACAAGCGGCUACACCUGGACAUAGAAAGUACACACCCCCGUUUUGGCAGACUAGCAAUAAAGCGCCAGCUAGUCCUUGACACAUGGCAUCAUCUCGUUUGGGACGUUCAAGCGCUCCCGGACGACUGGACCACGGUCCAACGGGUUUUAGUGGGUAUUGAUCCGACCAUCUGCACAUCUGCUGAUCCCGGGUCCUGA